AGUUGUUUGAGGUGCGCAGUUUUGGGAACUAUAAGGAUUCUGGCUCGACAAGGCUUCAUUGGCGUGGCGUAACUGCGAGAGCCAUAAUGCGCAAUGACCCACUGCAAGCUUUCCUUCAGGAUCGGACGCCAAACUGCACCCCAGAAUCCAUCAAAGGAUCCCCCUUGAUGUUGCUGGAAGACACCUGUAAUCGCAUCUGCCAUUCCCGUGCACCCAGGUCCAUGGAGCCCCACCAGCACAUCUCAUAUGAAGGCUCCCCACCAAAGCUCGUCCAUCCCUGGAGAAGUGAUGCAACUUUCUCACAGCACCUCCAGACCCCCUUAAGUCCACACCACGAAAUGCCACUGACACCCCCGGCCGAACACUAUGACUUCUCGCCCCUGAAAAUGUUGCCUUGUGCGUCAGCAUGCGCUACUCUUCCCACGUCUUACGUGCCCACGCACAAUGGACUUUUGGACCAAUGGUGGACUGCCAAUCACUCCUCAACACAUCAAUUUGAGAUCCCCCGCGGGUGGGUUCUGGGUCACCCUGAGCUCGGCCAGUACCAGACUCAAAUCGCCACCCUGUUGCACUCCAAGUCUCGCAGAUGCCGGAGGUGCAUGUGCCCCAACUGCCAAAAGAGCAGCGACGCGCCGGGGAAGAGAAAGCAGCACAUGUGCCACAUGCCGGGCUGCGGGAAGGUGUACGGCAAGACGUCGCACCUGAAGGCGCACCUGAGGUGGCACGCAGGUGAGCGGCCGUUCGUCUGCAGCUGGAUGUUCUGCGGGAAGAGCUUCACGCGCUCGGACGAGCUCCAGAGGCACCUGCGCACGCACACCGGCGAGAAGCGCUUCACCUGUCCGGACUGCGCCAAACGCUUCACGCGCAGCGACCAUCUGGCCAAACACCUGAAGACGCACCUGAUGCGCAAGAACAGACCGCUGUUCCCCGUGCUGGAUCACGUCAACAAAACUCUUGAACAGUAGUCUUAGAUCGUAUUUUGUGAGCACUUUUUGCGGGCCAUCUCAGUAAAUAUAAAAUGUGGGGGGGGUGUUUUUAAUUCAAGUUAAUCUUUAA